GAGUCUUCCUUCGCCGCCGCCGCGGUCGCCGCCGCCUGUGGAUUGGAACUUCCACGCUCGCGGGAUUCGAAACGUCACAAUGGCUCAGAACGUUCAGAAUGUAACACUUUCUCUCACGCUGCCCAUCACUUGCCACAUUUGCCUGGGAAAGGUAACGGCACCUUGCGUUCGAGAUGCAGCCGCCCCCCACCCCCAAAAAAGGGACACUUUUAAGUGUGCGUGGUCCUCGGAAGAAAGCCAUGCCUUGCGAGGGAGGAGAGCGAGAAUGGAUUCCAGGGAGGAUUUCCUCUCUCUUCCCCCCUCCCCACAAAAACCUGUCGCGUUUCCCUCUGACACGUAGCCGAUUGUUCCCCGGUUCCCAGAUUUGCCCCUGCAGUUUGCCGGAACCUCGUGUGUGUGGUUGCUUUUAGAGCUAGGAGGAGGAAGUGAGGCCUUAGCUGGACCAUUGCCGUGUCGGAAAGAUUUGCUUCCGCUUUUCAAGACUUAUUGGACUGUACAGUACUUAAAUGAGAACGCGUUCACUUUUUGUAAAAUGAAGGGAAGCUCCUGUGAUGAAGGGUCGGCCGGGGUGGGGGUGGGGCGAAACGAAGACUUCCUCCUUCCUCGUUUGUUUCGGGUUUUUAUUAUUAUUAUUAUUAUUAUUUUGUGAUUGGAAAUUGCUUAGAUCAGAGUUGAUGCCUUGUCAGUGGUUUUGAGAGACGAGCUUUCCAAGGUGGGUUUCUGCAGGCUGAGACCCUGCUAGUAACAAGGUAGGCCAAAUAAUAUGGAGUACUGUACUGUACUGUAGAAGCCUAGGCCAGACAGGCUCCCCCGUUUAAGGAGAGCCCUGCUUGCUUCACUAAGCUCUCCACAACCAAUAAUGUUAUAGGAGUUCAGCUGGAGUUUGUUUGUUUUUUCCUCUUGCUUUCUGCCUUCGUUUAUGGCCUGUAUGCUGAGAAAAUGUUGACUAGGACUGCCAAAAUGAUCCUGAGCUAUGAUUUCAGAUCUUAUUGACAACCACUCUGUGGUCUGCUGUCUCUUUUCCUCCCUCCCGAUCUGUUUGUUAUGAUACUUAUGGGAAACUGUGUUCACCGAAUAGACCUGCAACCCUGUUUUCAGCAGGCUCUGUAUACACAAUGGAAAGUUUGUGAUCGUGAGUAUGAUGGAGCUUGGUAGGAAAACAUUUUCCCUCUUUCAGAUCUGGUGGUGGCUUUUCUCAUGGAGAGAGGAGCAUCUUCUUCUUUGGCUAUCACUCAUAGCCGAGUAAGACUCUUCCAUGAACACGAUCUUAACCGUGUGUUCGUGACUGUGGAGGCCAAUUAUGGAUUCCACACGUCCUUACACAUUGGGGACAUACGGUCCGUCAUCCGGUCAUCUGUGCCAACAACCAUGUCUUCUGUUCCAUUUGUAUUGAAGUGUGGCUGAAGAACAACAGUCAGUGUCCUGCUUGUAGGAUCCCCAUCACCGCUGACAAUCCUUGCAAGGAGGUCAUAGGAGGGACGAGUGAAAGCAACCCUGUGUUCAGCCCGGAGGUCAGGAAACAGCUACGCAAAACGAGGCUCGAGCUCAUGCACAAAGAAUAUGAGGAUGAAAUAGAAUCUCUGCAGAAGGAAGUGGAGGAGCUGAAAGAGAGCAAGCUUAGCCUGGAGGCGCAGCUCAAAUCUGUCCUGCACCCCGAGACGCUAGAAGUGUCUGACAAAACCCGGGCAAGUCCAGGACUCUCGGAGGACGAGCACAAGGUUGAUCCAGAGACUUUGGCGGUAUGGACACAGAAGCUUCAGGCGGCUAAUGAUAUGUAUGAAAAAGUGAAGGAUGACAUGGGAACACUAGCGGAGGUAAAUAAGAAGCUGAGGCUCGAAAACAGUGGCCUUGUGAGGGAGAACUUGCGGCUAAAGGCUGAGGUUGGAAGCCGAUCGCCCCAGAAAUUCGGAAGGUUUACUGUCGCCGUGCUUCAGUCCAAGCUGGAACAGUGUGAGCGCGAGACCAACCGCCUGAAGAAAGCCUUGGAGAGAAGCGACGCCUACAUCGAAGACCUGGAAGCUCAAGUCGCUCAGCUGAAGAGGGAAGGCAGCCAACGGAAAAGCACAAGCCCGGAAAGCGACGCCGCGGAUCCCAUGGAGGACAAAGAGAGCGGCAGAAGCGCAGCCAACGAGAUAGCGCUGCUGGAGAGCCCAGAAGAGCACAUAGACCCGAGCUGCUUGUGCGCUAGCCACAGCCCGGAUGACCUCGAGCAGCCAGCGGGUAGCGGGCUCUUGGGGAGCAGCAACGAUGUGUGCCUCAAUUCAGCCGGCCGGGGCUGUCCGGAUGAGCCCAUCGCUCAGUGCUCGUCCGGCACGGACGUUUUUGCACACUCUCAGGAGGGCCUCUUGGAUAUAGGGGGCUCCGAAAUGGACACCUGCUCAGAGCAAACAUGGGAUAAAAUAGAAGACUGUGUGCCGUAUAAAGAAGAGCUUUAUGAACUGCCGGAUCCCUGCACGCCUCUCUCUCUCAGUUGCCUGCAGCUGAACACUCCCGGCAACAAAGACGACCCCACCACCAAAGAGGAGGAUCCCAGAGAGACACCCACCUUUCUGAGGAAACUGGAGUUUGAGGAUUUCGGCGAGGCGUCGGACGACGGGAACAAAGACUCUCCGGAACAUAGCGCCAGCAGUUGCGAGGGCGGCGAGACCAAGGCGGCCUGUUUUGCUUCGGACAAGCCGGUGUUUUGGAACAGGUGCCAACCACGCUAUGACGAGAACUUUGAGGGCGCGGAGCCCAGCGCGGCCCCGAGCGACUCUGGCGAACCUUCGGCGAAAUCCAGCGACAAAGCGCACAACCCGAGCGUUCCGAAAAAGCUGCAUCCUGUCCGCUCUUCGGAAAUGAAUCGGACCAGGACGUCCAGCGAGGCAUCGAUGGAUGCCGCCUACCUUGAUAAAAUCUCCGAGCUGGAUUCUAUGAUGUCCGAGUCAGACAAUAGCAAGAGCCCCUAUUACACGUCCAAGUCGUCUUCUGACCUGGAUAACUCUUGCAAGUCGACGCAGUGUCCCGACCUCCUCAAUGAAAAGGAUAAGACAGUCAAGGAGAGGAAGGAGCAAAACACUCUGAAAGGCCCUCUUGCAGGUGAUAAUUCGGAAGAGGGGAACGACUGGAAGUCUGCCACUUUCCCCAUCCUUUCUCCAUCUGCGUUAGAUACGACAGAGCCCUUCCCGUUAUUUGCCGGCCGGACUUCAGAAACGAGCGAAACGAAACCUCGGAGUUUCCUAUUCCAAAGAGAGCUUUCCCCAAGCUUUCUGUUUAGCAACUCUCGAGGGUCAUUUGAAGAGCACAAACUUGGGUCCCCUCUCUUUAAGGUGGCGCCCGAGCUGCAGAACCUCCACAACCAACUCCCGUCUCCUUGGUCGUCAUCCUUCAUGCCCGACAGAAAAGCCAAAAGUAUCCACGCGUCGGCGAAAAGGAAAAUCCAGAAUAGCCUGUCUAGUGCGAGUCCAUCAAAAACGACCAAGAACUGAUUCCCUUCUUGACUGUCAGUGGGGGUUUUUUGUCUUUGUUUUCCUAAACAGAAUACUUUAGUGCCAAUGUGAAAAUGUUCAUUCCGUCACCAAACCCUGCAAAUUCCUUUGGGGUUCUCCAGUGACCUCAGUCUGUCCUACACUGAGCGACGGAGUGUGGAAAUCCUUUGAUGCAGGGGUGAGGAUCCUGUGGCCUUCCCAGAUUCAUCCAGACUACAAUUCCCAUCAUUCCUGACAAUCGGCUUGGGCUGGUGGGAGUCUGGCAACAUCUGUAGACCCACAGGUUCUUUCCCCCUCUGCUUUGGAGUACAUUUUCUUGAAGAAUAAA